CGUGCUUGAAAAGGAAAACCACAUCGAAAUCAAAACAUAAUCACCCCUGUGAAGUAAUUAAUUAAGGCAAAUUACCGAAACUCAUUAAUUAAUUCCCUUUUCAUUUCUUCUCCAUAACUCGACAUCUCUCUUUUCUUUUACUCGAAGCACUGAGAGUGUGAUCGAUUCACUAUUCACCAUGGCUCGGCCUGCAAUGGCGUCGACGAUCAAAGCCUACGCGGUGCCUCUCACUCUCUUCCUCCUCGCUUUGUAUUAUCAGCUCGUCGUUCUUCCUCGCUCCUUUCCUCCCUCUCAUUACGAAGUUUUGGGAAUGAAACGGCACAGUUCUAUCGAAGAAGUGAAAGACGCGUACGAGAAGUUAUCCUCUAAGUGGAAUUCAGGUGAGGAAGUUCCAAGUACUGCUGAUUUUUUGAAGGUCCGAUAUGCUUAUGAGCUGCUGAUCCAUCCUUUAUGGAAGAGGGACUAUGACAUAUAUGGAAUUGAUGAGCAACUACAUGUUCUUGAUAAGGUCAGAGAACAACAUGGUGGGGAUAGUUUCUCACAGGUAGACCUUCCAUUACUUGAUGCUGCCACUUCUGAUUACGGUGAUUAUGCCUUUAAUGUCAUUACAUUGAAGGAUUUUUUGUCUAUGUUUAAAGAUACUAAGCCACGGCUAAUUCAGGUUUACUCAGACGCGAGCUAUCGUUGUGCUCAAUUUUCUAAUGCUUGGAAACGAAUUGCUGCCUUACUGGAGGGGAUUGCAAAUACUGGUAUGGUGGAACUUGGUGAGGUUCAACUUGCCACUUACCUUGCUGAGAGAAAGCCAACUGGACAAUUUUUCUUUAGAAAUGGUCUUCCUUUGUUCGUUGCAUUUCCAACAGGGUGUAAAACUGCUGAUUGUGUAAUUAGGUUUGAUGGAGAACUCUCCGUUGAUGCAGUUACCGAUUGGUUUGCGACAACCAUAUUAAAUUUACCUCGCAUUUUCUACUAUACGAAGGAGUCACUGGGAAAAGAUUUUCUGGCAAAAGCUGCGCCUCAUAAGGUAAAGGUAAUUUUAUUCUCAAAAACAGGCGAGCGUGCUACUCCAUUUGUACGGCAAAUUUCUAAAGAUUAUCGGGCUUAUGCCUCUUUUGCCUUCAUACUAUGGCGAGAGGAGGAAGCUGCCCUUUGGUGGAACGUGUUUGAGGUGGAUUCUGCGCCUGCUAUUGUAUUCUUGAAAGAUCCGGGUGUCAAACCUGUUGUGUACCAUGGAUCAUUUAAUAAUUCACAGUUUUCAGAAGUCAUGGAACAAAAUAAAGAGCAAGAGCUUCCUCAACUAAGGAGUUCGACAUCAAUGGAACUUGGGUGUGAUGCCAGGGGUUAUUCUCGUGCUGGAAGUGAUACCAAGAUCUGGUAUUGUAUCAUUCUUGCAGGACGGCAAAGUCAAGAACUAAACAAAAUGCGAGAAACCGUGCGAGGGUUCAAGAAAUAUUAUCAAGUGAUGGUGGAUCAGAUGCAGCUGAGGCAGAUCAAUCUUAGCGCCAUCAAUAAAUGCAUUCAGAAAAGCGAUGACUUUUGCUUGGCUUGAUGGGGAAGCUCAAGAACGAUAUUGUUCAUUCUACCUUUUCUCAGAGACAAUCUUUGAAAAUUGUGGAAGAAGGAGGGAUAUGACUGAUAUACCCCGGAUAUUUAUUGUGCGUUACAACAGAAAUGCUACGCAGAAAAUAUAAAGUUGAGAA